AUGUUGCAAGUUGCGCCCAUUCCUCAGACGCCAGCGGAGCCCUACGUGCCCGCAAAGGAGCCCCUCGUGACCACACAACCUACUACAGAGCAGGUCACUCCUGAACCCCACAUCCUCAAGGAUCUAGCCUCAGUAGAACGUCUUCUCUUCACCAAGAGGCUGCGAGUCAAGAGUGUGCUCUUCUUGAGAGGGAAGAAGAACAGGUUCCUGGUGAGGACUCCGGACCAGAACCUCGUGUAUACAGUGGAGGAGCAGAACAGCUGGUGGGUUGGUUACUUCUGCUACGGUCUCCGUCCGCUGCAGCUACACGUGAGGGACAACGCGGGUGUGGAGGUGAUGCGCAUCAACAGACCCUACGCCUGCACCUCCAGGAUACUACCCUGUCACCUACAGAGGAUACAGGUUUUUUCGCCACCUGGAAAUCCAAUAGGUACUAUUGAGCAGCAGUGGGCACCUGUGAGGCCGAUAUACCUUGUGAAGAAAGAAAAUGGCGAACACGCCUUCUGGCUCAAAGGUCCACUAGUGACGAUCAGUUUCUUCCGCGAGGUUCGUUUCAGCGUGUGUCGGGCUGACGGUACUCCGGCCGGGUCCACCUGCAAGCGCUGGCAGGGCCUGCUGCACGCGCUGUUCCUCGCGCCAAUAACUGACAGAUUUGGUAUUGCAUUUGACAGAGAUCUAACAGUUGAAGAAAAAGCAUUAUUGCUGGCCGCGACUCUGCUUCUUGAUUAUAUGUACUAUGACGCGUGA